ACCCACUCCAUUACCUCCACCUUUGCGCAAGCUCCCUUCUGCUCCUCUCCCACAUAACCCAAAAAGCGGCACGCGAACAUCGCUCUCACCACGAUCGACCUUGAUUUCGUUGUCGCAAACUGUGUCGCGCGACGGUAUACUCCUUAUCUGUGCUGGAAGUCACUCGAGAGGGACGAUUGGAAGGGUUCCCGCGCGGUCUGCGCUCUUCGCAUCAAGCCUGUUGUGUCGCGCGCGUAUCUUGGAUGGGUCACAUAUCAUAGUCUUUUUUUUUUCCUGCUCUGCCAUAAAAUCCAAUGCAUGCUUGAGAAAGACAGAGGACACCGGACCUUCCUGAAUCGACAACUGGAGUAGAUCCCGUACCUUCCCCCAAAGGUGCACCCUCGCGCUCCUUCCCAACAAAGGGAGACGGACGUUUGAACGCUUCCACCUCUCCUUCCUGCCACCGCUGGCAACAAAGCCAUUAUGUCUGGAGAACCGGAGCCUCGCCGCUCUGUGCGCGCAACCAAAGGUCAGCAUACAAAGGCCUUCGAUGACCAACCUAUCGAACCGCCCAAGAAACGAGGAAGGAAGAAGAAGCAAGAGGAGGAACCAGAAGAAGAGAUUAUCCGCUGCGUCUGCGGCGCGACUGAGCAGGAUGGCGACUCGGAGGAGCCUUGGAUCGCUUGCGACAAAUGCACAGCAUGGCAGCACAACGUUUGCAUGGGUAUGAGUGUCUUUACUGAAGAUCUCCCUAAAAACUACUACUGCGAGCAAUGUGCUCCUCAGGAUCACAAGGAACUACUGGCUCUCAUGGAGCAAGGCGAGCGCCCGUGGGAGUCUCGCCGCAAGGCCUACGAAGACGAACAGAACGAGAAGAAGAAGAAAAAGAAGAAGGGUGGCAGAGCCGGAAAGCGCGCCAGCGACCCCAAAGAAGAGUUGUCGCAAGACACGAGGAGUAACAAGGCCGAGGACUCACCCGCUCCCUCAGAACCCGCCAAGGAGAAGAAGGACAAGAAGGACGCCUCAUCCAAGGCCGCCACUGGCAAGCGCAAGACGCGAGAGGAGACUGGCGAAAAGGAAGCAAAGACGCCUGCGCCAAAGCAACGCAAAGUCUCAGAGCCAGAACCGUCCCCUGUCGUCAACUACACCGCACCGGCCGACCUAGAUGCAAAGGUCAGCGAUCUCCCUGAGGAUCGCAAGGGACCCGCCCAACUCCUGCAAAAGGCUGUCACCGUCAGCCUCACUGCUGGUGCCAAGGACAAGACCAUCAGUCUCCCGAAAGACACCACUAUUGCGGCUAAAGCGGAGCGUAUGGCACUCGAAAUUGAACGCGCGGUUCACGAUGCACACCCGGACCGUAGUCAGUACGCAAUGCAGGCGCGAAUCCUAUAUGCGAAUAUGAAGCUGAACGGCGACUUGACCAAACGCUUAUUGAAGCGCACUCUGUCGCCAACUAUGCUAGCCACAAUGUCUGCCGACGAGCUGGCUACCAAGGAGCGGCAGGAGGCCAACGCUCAGCUGAAGGCGAUCUCUGAGAAGCAGUCGAUCCUUAUCACCGAAGACGGUCCUCGUAUGAGGAGAACACACAAAGGCGAAGAGAUCGUCGAGAACGAGUCCUUCCAUCAGAAUGACGAAGGCAGGUCUUUCAUAAGACGACCAAGUGGCCGAGAGGGGCAGGCUGGCAUCAAAUCCGACGGAGAUUCGCACUACGAGAACUCAGUGGAGCUUCCUGCCCAUGCUGGUUUACACAUCGAUACCCGUGGAGCCCGACACUCUCCCAAGCAUCCCGACUUCGACAUCAACAAGGUUUACGCAACCGUCAAAUCUCCCACGGGCACACACAAUCGCAGGCCGUCGGCGCCAAACCAUGGCCCUGGUGUUGACGCAGACGUGGAUAGACUUCUGCAGGAAGAGACGGACUCUCCACCCUAUUCGCCAACCGAUGAGACAGAUCCUGAUGUCAUUUGGCGUGGCCACUUGGUAAUGAGCUCGAUUGCGGACUUCCCGGUUGCGGCCAGGUUUGUUGGUGGCGCCAACCUCUCUACCACCAUUGCAUUGCCCUGGACUAGCCUCAUCCCAAAGAAACUCACGGUUGCCGGACGCAUAGACGAACAGAAGGCGAUAGAGUAUCUCUGCGGCUUGCGCUACGCUGACCAGACCGACAUUGUUGUCGUGGCAAUAACGCCGUCGUCCGAGGUUUAUAGACGGGAGUUCCAGGCCCUCAUUGACUAUUUCGUCUCCAAAAAGCGCUACGCUGUUAUCGGCGACAAGGGGGUGGGCAAUGUGAGGGACACCUAUUUGGUUCCCGUCCUUCCGGGAGACAGCAACAUGCCAGAGUUCAUGCUCAACUUCUCUGAUAACCUUGUCCCUCAGAAGAGGACGGAGCCUAUGCUAUUGGCUGUCUUCGUGUACCGCAAUACCCCCCGACAACCUCAGUUGGGCGGCACCACAUCUCAAUCACCCGUCACCAAUGUGCCGACUCCUCCACAGAGCGGCGUUCCUCCACGACACCCCUCGAUAUCUGGCCCGGCAUUCUCGCCAACAGUUGCUCAGGGCCCCUUCCAGCAACCGGGCCAUCCUGUUGGCAACACUGCCCACCCUUUUCAGGAAUAUCCAGCACAAGGGGCACAUCAAGUUGUUCCGUCUAGCCAGCCUCCCACGGGCUAUACGGCCGCUCGCGGCGCUGAACUCGAAAACCAACAACGUCAACAACAAGGCCAGGCGUUGGCACAAGAAGUUCUGGGUCCUUUGAUCAACAGUCCUACGAUGAAGUUCUUGCUGCCUCAAGCCUACCAGAUGUCGCGGACAGAAUGGGAGGUCGUUCGGGGCAUCUUGGAGAGAGACCUGCGGGCGCGAAAUGACUUAUCUCAUCUAAGUCAGCUGUUGGAGAAACAACCGCCAGCUGCUAAGGGCAGCGACAUUGCCGCUCCGGUUUCGCAAGGCGCGCAGGGGGUUGCGCCAUCGGCGUGAUCUUGGGUUGUUAUUGGAUGGGCAAGCCAGAAAGGUUUGCUUGCAAAAGCGUAUAUCCUCUCAUUCGCGGUACAUAGGUAGCUGUUUAUUGGGUUUCACGCGAGGUCUUGGGACUGAGAGACGGAGAUACCGCUCCCUCGUAGGGGGCAUUUGGGCCUUUGCUAAAUAGGGAUUUGCUCUGGAGUUUGUUGUCUAGCUGUAUUGAAAUAGG